UACUUUCUAAUUCAUAUGUGCUUCAACUUUGGACUGUACUUUUUUAAAAAGAGAAAGAAAACAGGUCAUUUUGCUCAUUCUCUUUACAGAAGUCCGGGAGGAGACUUGGGAGCUAAAAAAAAGAAAAAGAAACAGAAGCGAAAAAAGGAGAAGACCAACUCCGGGGGAACCAAAUCAGACUCUGCCUCUGACUCUCAAGAGAUUAAAAUACAGCAACCUUCAAAAAAUCCAGCUAUUCCAAUGCAGAAGCUGCAAGAUAUUCAACGAGCCAUGGAGUUGCUAUCAGCAUGUCAGGGGCCAGCAAAGAAUAUCGAUGAGGCGACCAAACGUAAAUACCAAUUUUGGGAUACACAGCCUGUACCCAAGCUUAGUGAAGUUAUAACUUCUCAUGGUGCAAUCGAACCAGAUAAGGACAACAUCCGUCUAGAGCCAUAUUCUUUACCACAGGGUUUUACGUGGGACACUUUAGAUCUGAGCAAUGCUGAAGUUCUAAAGGAGUUAUACAUGCUGCUAAAUGAAAACUAUGUAGAAGAUGACGAUAAUAUGUUUAGGUUUGACUAUUCACCAGAAUUUCUCUUAUGGGCCCUUCGGCCUCCAGGCUGGCUUCCCCAGUGGCACUGUGGAGUCAGGGUAUCCUCCAAUAGAAAGCUGGUGGGGUUCAUAAGUGCCAUUCCUGCACACAUUCGGAUUUAUGAGAGUGAGAAGAAAAUGGUAGAAAUUAAUUUUCUGUGUGUCCAUAAAAAACUGAGAUCUAAGCGAGUAGCACCAGUCCUGAUUCGGGAGAUAACCAGGAGAGUAAACCUUGAAGGGAUCUUUCAAGCAGUUUACACUGCAGGAGUAGUACUUCCCAAACCUGUAGCAACUUGCAGGUACUGGCAUCGAUCGUUGAAUCCCAGAAAAUUGGUAGAGGUGAAAUUUUCUCAUUUGAGUAGAAAUAUGACUUUACAGAGAACAAUGAAGCUCUACCGACUUCCUGAUACCACGAAAACAUCAGGGUUGAGACCUAUGGAACGAAAAGAUAUUAAAGCAGUUCAAGAGUUAAUCAACAAUUACUUGAAACAGUUUAAUCUUGCUCCUUUUAUGGAUGAAGAGGAAGUGGCCCAUUGGUUCUUGCCUCAGGAACAUAUUAUUGACACCUUUGUUGUGGAGAGUUCAAAUGGUGUUUUAACUGACUUCCUAAGUUUCUAUACAUUACCGUCAACUGUCAUGCAUCAUCCUGUUCAUAAAAGCCUCAAAGCUGCCUAUUCCUUCUACAAUGUUCAUACAGAAACCCCUCUUCUGGAUCUCAUGAAUGAUGCACUCAUUAUAGCAAAGCUGAAAGGAUUUGAUGUGUUCAAUGCACUAGACUUGAUGGAAAACAAAACAUUCCUGGAAAAACUGAAAUUUGGUAUUGGAGAUGGCAACUUGCAGUAUUACCUAUAUAACUGGAGGUGUCCUGGCAUGGAAUCUGAAAAGGUUGGUCUUGUACUACAAUAAGAGGAAAGGACACUUGUAUUUAUACUUCUUGGAAGUGAUCAUCUGGGCUGUUGGAAGUUCUUGGAUCAGUGCAAUUCAAGAGCAGUAAAAGCACAAUGCCUGAUGAACUUAAAUAAACCAUUGAACUCGGAGGUGUGCGCAGGAGGGGCAUGAAGAAAUCCAUGCGUGACCAGCCCUCCACACAUUCAGCUGUGAACGAGAAAAGCUCAUGAACUUUUUUGUUUAUCAAUGAAAACAAAUAAAGCACAUUUAAUUUUUGAACGCUUAGCUCGCAUCUUGAUAAAAAAGGGGUUUUUCUCUCCCUUCCCACCCUUUCCUGCAUAAGACUGUUUUUGUACAACAACUCAAUUACAGUGGAAUAGAGUACAAAUUCUUUACUGUUACGUGACUGAACUGCUGCAUUUCUAUUUAUUAAGUGGUAGUGUAUGUUUAUCAGUGUUAACCAUGAAGGAGCCAAUUUUGAGUAUUUCUGCUUAUUUCCAUCACAUGGAUGCCAUCGUUGAAAGGAGACAAGUCUCGGGAAUAUGACUGUUUGUUAGGAAACAAUUCUUGGAUGUCUUUUGUAACUGUGGAGUGGUAUCGAAAUGUGCUGGUUUGACUGGUGCAUUUGUUUCUCCAUAAGCAAUGCUGCCAAAUCAAUAAAAACACAGAUUUGUACUUUGAUCUUCAA